AGAUUAUGGUUAUACUGUAGUUGAUGGAAGAUGAAAGUGGGUAGCAAGUCACAGGGAAGCAUUUUUUCUUAUCCAAACAAAUAUCUGAAAGAACUUCUUCUUUUUAUCCUAUCUAUUGUUUUUAUAUUGAUUUUUGUUAUUCUGGAUUGAACAAUGUAAUCCACUACUCUCACCAACUGUUAUAAAUAUGGUUGUUGAAAUCUCGAAGUCUACCAUAACCAGACACAGUUUUCCUACACUAAUCUUGCUCCUCGUUUCCUCUACAUACUACUUCUUUUUCUUCUUCAGUUUCGCAAAUUUAGCUUCCUUUGCUGUUUUAACCUGAGCUGCAUUGCUGAGCUAAAUCUUUGCUACAACAUACAAAGAUUAUCAAUCAAGAUGGACACUGUAAGAGAUUUAGCAUCAAAUAAGGCUGCAGUGAUUUUCACAAGGAGCUCAUGCUGCAUGUGCCAUAGCAUCAAGAGACUGUUUUAUGAACUGGGCGCAAGCCCUGCCAUUCAUGAGCUUGACCAUGAUGCAAAUGGGAAGGAAAUUGAGCGGGCUCUAAGGGCCCAAGGAUAUGGGUCAGUCCCCGCUGUGUUUAUUGGCGGAAGAUAUGUGGGUUCAGCUAAAGAUGUCAUUUCCCUUCACGUUGAUGGGUCUCUGAAGCAGAUGCUCAUGGACGCAAAAGCCAUCUGGUUCUAGCUAACUACUUACUACAAUAACACAGUCCUUGUACCACGUUCCUACAAGUUUGCAGUGACAUGAAUAUAGUUUUAAUACCAUGUCGAAAGCAAUGUUAUGAGUUUUUGAUAACAUUGUAUGGCAGAAUACCAUAUUACUUAAUGAAAUAGCAUAAAGAGUUUUGUAUUUA